AGGGCUGCGGUGAUAAAACCUUAAAUUGGUCUAUGACCGAUGCAUAGGCUACCUCAUGUCGUUCUGUUGUCCACGAAAAGAAAUCAGAAACGCUUUGGUUGUGCGGGAAACGCUUCUCGCGUGCGCCCUGAAAAUCAUGAGCCCACUGGACAAACGACAGCAUAAUUAGUUAAUUAGAAAACUGUCAAGUGAUCUGACUCCCGUGGGGCAACUGGAUUAGCCAAUCAGAGCCCAGAUGAACCUUGGGGUGGGAUUCCAAGGACAAGACCGUGGGUGUGGAGAGCCGCGUUAGUAACACAAGUUACACUGGGUGUCAAGUGAAACCGAAGAUUAUCCAACACCUGCAGAAUCUCCAGAAGCAGAUAAGAACAAUAUAGCUACUAAGAAGCAGGGCAUUUUUUGAGGUUUUGGACACUUUUACUUUUUCUUUUGCCGUUUGCUAUUCACAUUGAACUGGUUCACUUAUCUAGUAACUAUUUUAAUACCUGUGCCAUUUGGAGAGUGUAUCGGAAUAUAGCUCUUAUAUUCAAAUAUGGCAUCAAAACACCAUAUUGAAAAGGUCUACAGGUCUUCUCAAAUCAGGAUGUAACGAGGUUAGAACCGACAGGUCUUCUUCGGAAAUAAGCAUGCCAUUCUGCCGUUCAUAACUUAUAUGAAAGAUGAUUAGUGAUAAACGUUAUUCUUCUCGGCCUCUCUGAGCUGCAUCUCGCUACUGCGAAGUUGGAACUGCAGUCUUAUUCGCGCAAGAUUCGUCAGAUUGAGAUCUCCAGGCUGUGCUAUAGCGCCAAGAUGGAAAGAUCCAAGAACUUUCGUAUUGAUGCCUUGCUGGCAGACGAAACCCACCGGUCCAGUCGGGACCUCUCUCCGGGACUGAGUAACGACAGUCCAGCGGGGAGCCCCGUGUCCUGCCGGCGCGCAGACACCCCAUCUCCCAGGGGAACACCGGGUGUAAUCCAGCUUCAGACCGGCAUCAUUCCUAAACCGGGUUUACUUAAUAUCCCGCAUACAGGACUCACUUCACUGUCCCAGGGGGCAAUACCAGGCAUGUACCAUACACCCAUGUACCCUAUAUCAGCCCUGGGAGGACAACAUCCUGCCUUUGCAUACUCUGGAUUCACGCAACUAACCCAGCCAUACCCGGAUCACCUAAAAGCAGCGACUAUGGCUAGUUCUUUCCCACUGGAGCACUGGAUUCGGGCGGGGAUCAUGGUGCCGCGGCUUCCUGAGUUCGGCACAUCCCCACAGUCGGGGCUAAUGGGUAAAUGUCGCCGGCCACGGACGGCCUUCACCAGUCAGCAGCUCCUGGAGCUGGAGAACCAGUUCAAGCUGAACAAGUACCUGUCCCGGCCCAAACGCUUCGAGGUGGCCACCUCGCUCAUGCUGACAGAGACACAGGUAAAAAUCUGGUUCCAAAACCGGCGGAUGAAAUGGAAGCGCAGCCGCAAGGCCAAAGAGCAAGCAGCCCAAUUGGAAGUAGAACGCCAACGUGGAGAAGGGACAAAGACGGCCAAUGAGAAGACAAGAGGGGAGGGCCGGAGAGCGGGAGUCAUCGAUCACAAUGACUUGGAUGAGGAAGAAGGGGAGGAGGAAGAGGAUGAGGAAGAGGAAGAAGAUGAGGAUGAAGAACGUCAUCACCAUGGCUACACGGUCGAAAUGGCAACCAUGGCACGGCCUGCAGACUUGCUGCAAAAUGGCAUGGAGGUUGGCUACCACGCACACAGCUCGUUCUCCGACGAUGACAUGGACGCAGUAGAAGUGCCCGAUCGAAAGAUCGGAGCGGGGUUGUGAUUAGAAAACGAGGCCAAUGGGUGAGGAUGUGGGAUGUGGCCUCCUACAUGUUUGAUGGAUGGAGCCAGAAGCCUUUCGGAUCACUGUCUACAGAAGAGCCAUUGGUCACAGUUCAUGACCUUUCAACAGACUAAACAUGAGACUGCCCACACAUACACAUAUUCAAAUACAAACACACACAAACAGUAAACAGCUGAAAAUAGUAACAAGUGUAUCAUUAUGAAUUAUGGUGCGUGUUUUUGUUUUCAAAUUGAUGUCAGCAAUAUAAGAAAACAAAAUUCUUACACAAUUUUCGAACAGUGAAUGACAGAAGGCCACACAUUUACACUAAACCUGAUUUCUCUGUCCCUCUCCUUUUCUGUGUAGGUCAGACACACAGACAAACAUAUUCUCUCUCCCCAUAUAUCUAUAUGUCUGUCUCUCACAUUCACAUACAAACACAAACUUGCAUGCAAAUUGUAAAAGGAUCUUAACUUAGGGACAUCUUCAGCUUAAUUUCUU